GAACCUUCUUUGUCCAUUUGUUAUAGGGACGACUCCUAUUUAUCAGCUCAGUGUCUACACCGGUGCUUGUGUCACAUUUCAGUGCUUUUCAGUUUGCGAUCGAAGAAGUAAAUCGUGGCCAUGGGGAAGAAUUGCCCAGCUGUGAGCGAGGAAUACCAGAAGGCAGUGGAGAAAUGCAAGAGGAAGCUCAGAGGACUCAUCGCCGAGAAACGCUGCGCUCCUAUCAUGCUCCGAUUGGCCUGGCAUUCGGCUGGUACCUUUGAUGUGCAGACGAAGACAGGAGGGCCGUUUGGGACGAUAAGGCAUCCAGAUGAGCUUUCUCACGCGGCAAACAGCGGUCUCGAUAUCGCCAUUAGGCUUUUGGAGCCGAUCAAGGAGCAGUUUCCCAUAUUGUCUUAUGCAGACUUUUACCAGUUGGCUGGAGUUGUUGCCGUUGAAGUUACGGGAGGGCCCGAGAUUCCUUUCCACCCUGGGAGACCGGACAAAACUGAACCACCCCCAGAAGGUCGCUUGCCUGAUGCUACCAAAGGUACGGAUCAUCUGAGGGAUAUUUUUGGCCACAUGGGUCUUAGUGAUAAAGAUAUAGUUGCUUUAUCUGGUGGUCACACCUUGGGAAGAUGCCACCAGGAUCGUUCUGGAUUUGAGGGACCCUGGACCAACAACCCUCUUAUUUUUGAUAACUCCUACUUCAAGGAACUCCUUAGCGGAGAGAAGGAAGGUCUAAUCCAGCUGCCAUCAGAUAAAGUUCUUCUGGAGGAUCCGGUCUUCCGACCUCUUGUUGAGAAAUAUGCUGCGGACGAGGAUGCCUUCUUUGCCGAUUAUGCUGAAGCUCAUUUGAAGCUCUCGGAGCUUGGAUUUGCUGACGCCGAAUAGAGAAUUGGAGACUUGAAAUGUGGCUGCUGUCAGGCGUCUGUAUAUUAUGAAGGUUUGCGUGCUUUGAUUUAUGGCGAUGAUAUUAUCUUGCGAUUGGCUUGUGUAAUAUAACUGAUAUGCAAAAAUAGCUAAAGCUUUGGUGUUUGGUGUGCUCCCUUGGUGUGACAAUUAUGAUUCACGACCCCAACAAGGGGAUGUUACGUGUUGGGCCUGUUGGCCAUCAGAAUUUAUGUUGUACUUGAUUCCUUCAA